AUCACAGUGUGACUGCGGUGUGUUUUGCCUGUGUUUUUAUCGAAAAUUAUGUUUUCACAAACGAUGUCUACAACACACUCAACACAAUGAGAGGAUUUUGGAUGUUAUUGUUUGUAUUUUAUAAAUUUUGGGUGGUUAAAUGUGAAGAAUUAGCUUCCUUUUAUGGAAACAGUUAUAUUUCGAUACCAUUACAAGAAGCAUACGCUAGUAAUGAUAUUGAAUUUAAUUUUCGUACUUGGUUACCCGAUGCAAUGUUUUUACUGGUUGCGGGUAGAACGGAUUUUUGUAUUGUUCAAUUAGAAUCAGGUCUUGUUAAACUACGAAUUAAUUUAGGUGCAGGUGAAGAAGAAAUUUCAUCGCCGAACGAUGUUAAAUUUAAUGAUGGUGAUUGGCAUUUUGUUAAAAUUAUACGAAAAGAAGCCAAUCUUACUCUCGAAAUUGAUCAUGUUCAUGUUGUCAGGAAAAAAUUACCAGGACAAUUUUUUGAAUUAAACAUACAAUUUGGUGUUUAUGUGGGUGGUGAUGGCCAUUUUAAGGAACAAUUUUUGGGCCAUUUAAUUGGAUUACGUGGUUGUAUGUCUAAUUUAAUUUAUGGUAAAAUGAAUUUAUUGGAAUAUGCACGAAGUCGACAAGGUAAUAGUAAAGUGCAUGGCAUCACAUGGAACUGUGCUGCAGAAUUCGAUUCAACUUUUAAUAGUGAAUUGAGUUUUAUUGAAGAUAAUGCUCAUAUAUUGUUGUUACAUUCGUUAGGUCGAGCUGGUGCCAGAUGGCAAUUUGAUAUAAAAACAGAGACAAAUCAAAGUAUUUUAUUAUAUAAUACGGGUACAUCAAUAAAUGCACAUACAAUUGCAUUAGAAAUAAUAAAUGGCAGCUUAUCAUUAUAUUUAACACAGCAACAGAAUGAGCAAUCAUCAUCAUCAAGUCAAAUGAGCAAUCAGCAACAUUAUAAAACGUACAAAAUCAAAAAUAAAUUAUAUAUAUCAGAUAAUCGAUGGCAUAAAGUUGUUGUACAAUUAAAUCCAUAUUUAUUAGAAUUAACUGUUGACACUACAAUGGAUACACAGAAAGUUUUGGGAACAAAAUAUUUAGAUUUAAGUGAUGCAUACUUUAUUGGUGGCUUAGAAUUAACAAAACGUACACGGGCAACCAUUAAAGGUGUUGUUACAGCUGAACAGAAUUUUAUUGGAUGUUUAAAAGGUUUAGCUAUUAAUGGUGAACCGCUUGGCUUAUCAAGUGCCAAAUCAAGUUUUGGAAUAAAACCUAAUAUAUGCUUAAGUGAUACAAAUUUGAAUAAAACUGCAAUAGAAUUAGAAAUAGUUUCUGUGAAAUCAGUUGUUGUAAAUGAAGGUAAAACAACAAAAUUAGAUUCCAAUAAUAUUCGUAUGAUUGUUGAUUAUUCACGUUGGGGUUUACGUGAUAAUAUGGUACAAUUUCGUGUUAUUUCAUCAAAAUAUGGUAAACUACAUUUACAUGGGACCAAUUCAAAUAAAUUUACUUUGUUGGAUAUUUUUAAUGGAAAGGUGGAAUAUCAACACGAUGGCAGUGAAAGUACAAAAGAUCUUGUUACAAUUGAAAUAAAAAUGAGUGAACUCUCAACAGUGCCACGUUAUCUUCAUAAAUCACAUUUAUUUAAUUUAACAGUGAUAAUUAUACCACAAAAUGAUGCUCCUGUAAUCAUUGCACCAGGUCUAUUACGUAUGGCCAAAGGCACAAAAAAAUUAAUAACAACAGAAAUCUUAAACGUAACAGAUGUUGACGACGAACCAGAUAAAAUCGUUUACUAUCCAAUGAAAUCAGCAUUAAAUAUUAAAAAUGGACAAAUUGAGUUAAUCGAUGAACCCUCAAAACCUGUUACCUCGUUCACACAAAAAGAUAUAAACGAUAAACGUAUCGUGUUUGCAUGUAUCGAAUGUUCUGUUAGCUCAACAUCCAAUAAUAAUCAAUCCGAAGUGAUUCUAUUCAAUGUUACCGAUGGUAAAUCAGCAUUUCAAAUGUUAGCGUUAAAAAUAUUUUUAUACGAUUUAGAAAUAAAAAUCAAACAGAAUAAAGGAAUAUUUGCUGUACAUAAUUCAACAUCGUUGAUACAAUCCAAAGAUUUACAAUUUGGUAGUAAUAUAGCGGAUGAAUUUUUAUUGAGUCAUAUACGUAUUGAUGUUGUGGAACAGCCGGUAUUUGGUGUUUUAGAAUGUAAACGAGAGAAUAAAUUUUGGAUAGUAUGUGAUUGGUUUUUUACGGGGGAUAUUUUACAGAAACAUGUACGAUAUCGACAUACAACUGGAACACCAGAUUUUGAUGAAUUUAAGUUUCGAGCAUCAGUAAAUAAAAUCCAUACAUCAAUGGUGCAUAAUUUCACAAUAACAUUUAUCAAAUUAAAAUUGGAACAAUUACAUUUAAAUUCUGUCACUUUAAAUGGAACUUCAAAAUCCAUGAUAACCAUAGAUCACAUACAAUAUCAAACGAUUCCCAUAUUAGCAUCAAAUAAAAAUAUCAAAUACGUUAUCACUAAAUUACCAAAAUACGGCGAUAUUAUCAGCAAUCAAAAUGAGAAUAAACUACAAAAUGGUGACAGUUUCACACAAUUCGAUAUCGAAAAAGAAUAUUUAAGUUAUAAGCUCCAUAUGCAAACAUAUUCGAAAUUAAACGAUUCUAUACAAUUUAUAGUGAGUUCGAAAAACUGUGAAAACACUUUUGGAACUUUAAAUAUUGUGUACAUUCCAAGUGAAAAUUUAAAACAACAAUCACAAGUGAAAUUACAAGCGUUACAAGUGAUUGAAGGCGAAAAAGUGAAUAUUGGUGUGACAUAUUUAAGUGUUCAAAUACAAAGUAUUUCAAAAUUAAUGUACAAUAUCAGUGAGGGUCCGUUUCAUGGAAACGUUCAACGAUGUAAAAGUUGUACGGAGAAAGUGAAAUGUAAAAGUAAUUGUGAAAAUAUCACAGUUUUCAGUAAUGAUGACUUGAGUGACGGUAUCGUGUUUUAUAGUCACGAUAAUUCUGAAACUCGUUACGAUCACUUUGAAUUUAUUGUGCGAGCACUUAAUUUUCAAUAUAUUGGAGUGUUUAAUGUGAAUGUUAUUUUAAAGAAUGAUAAUCCACCGAGACGAGUCAUCGAUAAAAUAUUACAGGUUGUAAUCGAUCAAACAAAAUUAAUCACCGGUCAAGAUUUAAAAUACGACGAUGCGGAUAUUAAUACAACUCCACACGAUAUUAUCUACACCUGUCAGAUGAUUUCGAACGGUAUACUGUUUAACAUUGGCAGCGAACCACACGAGAAAGUCACAACGUUUACACAAGCGGAUUUAGAUAAUCGUCAAAUUUUAUUUAAACAUCAUGGUGAUGAAUAUGGUAAAAUACAAUUAUGGAUAACGGAUGGACAAUUCUAUGAGAAUGGAAUACUGGAAGUGUAUGCCAGUAAACCAUUUAUUAAGAUUAUAUCGAAUGAGAUUAUUGUUAAACAAUUUAAAAGUGUUGUGAUCGAUCAGAAAUUAUUGAAUAUUGAAACGAAUUUAAAUGCUAUUGGAAAACAUAUUAUUUAUCGGGUUUUAAAAUCUCCGAAAUAUGGAUACUUAAAAUUUAGUGUUAAUUAUGAUAGUGUUAGAUUUUUUUCACAAGAUGACUUAAAUGCCGGCCAUGUUAUAUACGUCCAUAAUAAAACUGAUUACGAUUCAAUUACAGAUUAUUUUAGUGUGCGUGUAACGUGCGAAGGUACUUAUUCAGAGGAUAAAAUCAAAAUUAAAAUUUUACCAACAGUUUAUUGGGAACCAAUGAUUAUUUUAUCAACAAAUGAAUCGUUAUUUGUUGAAGAAUCAACCAGCGUUGUUGUACCGAAAACACAUUUAGAGGUAUUACAUCCUGAUAUACCAGCAGAAGAAAUCAUCUAUUACAUAAAAUCAAAACCAAAAAAUGGUUAUUUACAAAUAAUCAACGAACCAAAUUCCCAUAAUUCAAUAAAAACAUUCGAUCAACGUAUUAUAAACUUAGGACAAUUAGAAUAUAUACAAAAUGUUGCAAAUAAAACCGAAGAUCAAAUAAUAUUUAACGUAACAAAUGGUAUUAUAUGGUUAUAUAAUGUUUUAUUAAAUAUACAAAUCAUUCCAGAACAUUUUUAUUUACGUACAUAUCAUAUGAAUGUAACGGAAGGUGGUACUGUGAUCAUAUCAAAAGAUGAUAUACAAAUUAUUACAGCCUAUUAUAAGAGUAAAGUAUCGUAUUAUACGAUUACACGAUUACCUAAUUAUGGUGUUAUACAGAUUGCUGAUAGUCGUGAACAUUUACGAAAGUUCUCUGAACGAGAUUUGAUUAAGGGGCUUGUUAAGUAUGUUCACGAUAACAGUGAGAAUUUCGAAGAUUAUUUUGAAAUAGUAGCACAUGCAGGAACAAAAGAAAGUGAAGUAGCCAAUAUUAAAAUCAACAUUACACCAAUCAAUGAUCAAGUACCAGUUUUAGUAAAUAAUACUGGCUUACAAAUGUGGGAAGGUGCUUGUGAACAAAUCACUAGCACACAUUUGGGUGCCAUCGAUGGUGAUAUACCUCAUGAUACGAUUAUAUUUCGAGUAUCAGGAAAUUGGUGGGGUAAUAUUGUUUUAAAAUCAAAUUCAACUCCGCUGACUUCAUUUACACAGCAACAGAUUGAAGACGGUCUUAUUUAUUUUAACCAUACUAAUGGAACAAUUGCAAAAUUUUUAUUUCGUUUAACGGAUAACAUUCACACAUCGAAAGAAUAUAUAUUUACAAUUGAAACAAAACCGGUCGAUUUAAAAUUGAUAACGAAUCAGGGUAUCCAUGUAUUUCCAUUCAAUCGACAAGUAAUUGGUACAAAUCAUUUGAAAGCUGAAGCAUCUGAUCCAGAACGUGAUAUUAUAUAUAAAGUGAUAAUCGCACCAAUGCUUGGAAGAAUUGUUGUACAAAUCAAUAACGGUCAUUUAUAUUCAACGGAUAAUUUCUCACAAAAAGAUUUGGAUAGUAAUCGAAUAUUUUAUGAGCAUACGCAUCCAUUUGAUGGUUUGUAUGCAAAUGAUUCGUUUUUGUUUAAUAUCGAAGGACAUUUGUUACCAAAAAUUAUUAAUCAGAAAUUUAACAUCGAUAUAUCUGUAUCAAGCGGUGAUUUAAACACUUACAUCCCAAUCACACCAAUCACCGUAGAUGAAGGUGGAUCAGCUCCCAUUUUAUUAAAUAUCACCGAAGUCAUACAUUUCUUAGAAACACAUGCAAAUUUACAUGCCCCAAUAAUUCAUGCUACAGUAUGGCAACCAGAUCAUGGUACCGUUUACGUUAACGACAACACAAAUAUCACGACAUUCACACAAUCACAACUGGAAUCAAAUGUGGUUAAAUAUCAACAUGAUCAUUCGGAUACACUUAACGAUACCAUACAUUUUACGCUGUAUUUGUUACCAGAUUAUAUAACACUGUGUACAGUGAACAUUCCGGUACAUGUGAAUCCGAUAAAUGAUCAACCGUUUAAGUUGAUAACGCAAGCACCUCAUAUGAAUGUUGUGUAUGGUGAGAAUGUAACGAUCACGAAGGAUUUACUAUUAACGGAAGAUCCAGAUACACCGCCUGAACAUUUGGAGUAUGGGAUUAUUAAUGGUUUAACAGAAGGGAAAAUUGUAUUGGCACCAGAUUAUAUGAUGCCCAUUAAUACGUUUACGCAGAAGGAUAUUAACGAUGGCAAAGUUGUUUAUAAACAUUCUGGUUCAAACACAACAGUAAGCUUCCAUUUUCGUGUAUGGGAUGGUAAAUUCAAACCAAUCUAUACAAUAUUUAACAUUCGUGUAAUCCCUGUCAGCAUAUCUUUAAAUUUAUUAUCCCCAAUUUAUAUACAACAAGGAUUAAAUGUCGCAUCAUUCACCCCCCAACAUAUCCAAAUCAGAACAAACGUCAACGAAAAUCGUAUCAUCUAUAACGUGACACAUGCACCAUACUUUGGAACAAUUUAUGUACAAGACACACCGAAAUUAUCAUUCACGCAUGACGAUCUAAUUAAUGCACGUGUCAUGUAUAUGCAAACAAAUAUGACAUCACCGAAUGACACGUUUAUAAUACUUGCGUCAUGUUUACAUAAUACGGCCGUAUCGAAUUCGAUUAGUGCUCAAAUGCUUGUACAACCGUUAAUGCAACGUGGGAAUUUUACGGCAAUCAUAGGUACUCAAAAUAAAAUCACGUUGAAUAUCUUGGAUGCAACACCUUUAGCUGAAUUGACUGGAAGUAAUCCACAAUAUAGGAUCGUACGAAAACCAACAUUUGGAGAGCUACAUAAAAUUAUACGAAGUUCUGGUGAACGUAAAAUUGUUUACGAUCAACAAGUCGAUACAUUCAAUCAUGAAGAAAUUCGAAUUGGCGUUAUUUAUUAUGUCUUACCGGGUGAUGAAUCCUUAAACGACAUUGAAGAUUUAUUAAAAUUUUUAUUAAUCGGUAACGUGUUCUAUCAACCGGCAUAUGGUGAUUUAAAAAUACGAAUCUUAUCCGAUCGAGUUGAACCCGAAUUAAAACGACAUCGUGGUGGAAUGCAUUUAGCUAGUCCAAAUAUAAGUAGCGAUUAUCUACCAAUUGUUAUAAUGGUAGCAGGAGUGUUGUUUCUAGGUGUUAGUGUUAUAAUUAUUAUUAAAUGUCGAUCGAUUGAUGUGAGUAAACAGAAUGCACGUAAUAAUACGAUUAACAAUCAACCGAUACCGUUACCACGUCCGCCCGAUCAUCUGAUGGCAUCCACAUCGAAUUUGAAACCGUUUAUUGAAGAAAUUCCAUUAACUACACAUCAUACAUCUUUACCACAUUGUAAAGUUACACCUUUGGGUCCAACAGAUUCAUCAUUAGCUAGUUCAGAUUUAGAUAUAAGAUCUAGAUAUCCGUAUGGAUCGGCUGAUGAUGGUACAAUUAUUGAAGAUUGGUGUAGUCAAGAUGCACCAUCAGACAGUAUUAUACCCCAUCCGCAGCCUCUUAUAAAUGCUGCAAAUCCAUUACUUAGACGAAAUCAGUAUUGGGUUUGAAAUUUUUGAAUAAUUUUAGAUAAGAGGUUAAA